AAGCAGUUUUCUCUCCGUUGACUGCUGGUGGUGUGUCAAAUAUUUUCUCGUCGGCCAAGAGAUAGGAAGUUGCUCGCUGCUGCUGAAAUCGCUGUAUUCGUGGAAAGAAAAAAGGGCAGAAGUGAAAAAAUCCCUCAUCUUUUCCACCUUUUCAGAAAGGAAGUGUAAAAAGUCGGAAAAUUGUCGAGAGUAGUGUCUCGGAAGUGGUCAAACUCGUGGUGUUAGGAAAGUAUACUUUUUUGGUGGUGAAAUAGUGCAAAGAAAAACCAACCAUGGAUGAGGAGUAUGACGCCAUUGUCCUCGGCACUGGACUGAAGGAGUGCAUCCUCAGUGGAAUGUUGUCGGUGUCGGGAAAGAAAGUGCUGCAUAUCGACCGCAAUAAGUACUAUGGUGGCGAGUCGGCCUCGAUCACUCCACUGGAGGAUUUGUUUUCCCGGUUCGGUGUGCAGCUGCCCGAGGGAAAGUACGGCCGCGGACGGGACUGGAACGUCGAUCUUAUUCCCAAGUUCCUGAUGGCAAACGGACUGCUAGUCAAGCUGCUGAUCCACACGGGCGUGACCCGUUACCUGGAAUUCAAGUCGGUUGAGGGCAGCUACGUCUACAAGGGUGGCAAGAUUGCGAAGGUCCCUGUCGACCAGAAGGAGGCCCUUGCGUCCGAUUUGAUGGGCAUGUUCGAGAAGCGUCGUUUCCGCAACUUCCUGAUCUACGUCCAGGACUUUGUUCAGGAUGAUCCCAAGUCCUGGAAGGACUUUGACCCAAUGAGCAAGAGCAUGCAGGACCUGUACGAUCACUAUGGCCUGGACAAGAAUACUCAAGAUUUUGUUGGCCACGCGUUGGCACUGUACCGCGAUGACGACUACCUGUUGGAACCGGCCGUUAAGACGAUCAACCGCAUCAAGCUGUACUCCGACUCGUUGGCCCGUUACGGCAAAUCGCCGUAUCUGUAUCCGAUGUACGGUUUGGGCGAGCUGCCACAAGGUUUUGCCCGUCUGUCGGCCAUCUACGGCGGUACGUACAUGUUGGACAAACCGAUAGAUGAGAUAGUCUACGAUGCCAGCGGAAAGGUCGUCGGUGUGCGCUCCGGCGAGGAAGUGGCCAAAUGUAAACAAGUCUAUUGUGAUCCCACCUAUGUGCCGGAGAAGGUACGCAUCAAGGGCAAGGUGAUCCGUUGCAUCUGUCUAUUGGAUCAUCCGAUUUCAAACACAAAGGAUGCGCUCUCGACGCAGAUCAUCAUUCCGCAAAAGCAGGUCGGCCGCAAGUCGGACAUUUACGUGUCGCUGAUCAGUUCCACACAUCAGGUCUCGGCCAAGGGCUGGUUCAUCGGUAUGGUUUCGACCACGGUGGAGUCUGACAAUCCGGAGGCGGAAAUCAAACCCGGUCUGGAUCUGUUGGGUUCGAUUGCACAAAAAUUCGUCUGCGUUUCGGACUACUACGAACCGACCGACGCUGGGCUGCAAUCGCAGGUGUUCAUUUCGGAAUCAUACGAUGCCACAACGCACUUCGAAACGACCUGUUUGGAUGUGCUGAAUAUCUUCAAACGUGGCACCGGGGAGGAAUUCGAUUUCUCCAAGAUCAAGCAGGAACUGGGCGACGAGGAGCAGUAAAGAAAAAAGAACAAUUAACGGGUGUAUGUGGAAUGAAGGAAAGUUAUACCUAGGUGGCCCUCUUCCUAGCAAAAAGUGGAAAUCAGCUUCUCUCAGAAGAAUAUUAAUUGCGAUUAA